CAGCAGCAUCACUAAGUUUCAGCUCCUCCCUGCUGCAUGCUGGGAGGGAGAGGCUGAGAGGAUCAGGGUGAGAUAGAUUCCAGACUGAGUGACGGUGGCACUGAGUGUAAAUGAGAGGACAAUCGGGUGCAUGAGUGUGUGAGAGGACAAAUUAGGCUGGGUGACAGAAAGAGAGAAUUGUGAGUCUGUCUGUAUGUGCAUGAGAGAGAGGCAAAGAUAAAUCCAGAGGACAGGAGUGCAUGUAAGGGAUAGAAAAGAGGGACAAGAGGUAGAAGGCAAGACAAGAGGAUUCAGAAAAGGAGGGAACAUGGCUGAGCCGGAGCUGAAAUCGAGAAGCAGCCGGGAGAGUGUUGCUAAAGCAAGGAGCCAGGAGAAGAUGGAGACAACUGAGGCAGAGCCCAUCCAAGAUGGUCUUAUUGUGGAGCACCCAGCAUCCCCAUCGGACCCCAUGGUAUCUGCCCCUGCUGCCACAGACCCAACUAACAGCCCGCCUGGCAAGGGUGAAAAGAUCAAGCUCAAACGCAGCAUCACCCUCUUCAACGGCGUGGGGAUGAUCAUAGGCACCAUCAUCGGCUCGGGCAUCUUUGUGACUCCAACAGGAGUGGUCAAAGAGACUGGUUCUGCUGGCCUCUCCUUAAUUGUCUGGGCUGCCUGUGGAGUUGUUUCCACCAUGGGAGCCUUGUGCUAUGCCGAGCUGGGUACGACCAUCGCAAAAUCUGGAGGAGACUACACAUACAUCCUCGAAGUAUACGGCGAACUUGCAGCCUUUCUGAAACUGUGGGUGGAGAUGCUGAUAAUUCGUCCAUCAUCCCAAUAUGUGGUCUCGCUGGUGUUUGCCACCUACCUUCUUAAACCGCUGUACCCAACCUGCCCUGUGCCAGACAGUGCCGCCAAGCUCAUUGCCUGCGUGUGUCUUACCUCCUUGACGUUUGUGAACUGCAUCAGUGUGAGAGCAGCCACCAAGGUCCAGGACUUGUUCACAGCAUCCAAAUUACUUGCUCUCAUCAUCAUCAUCCUCUUUGGCUUCAUCCAGAUAUUCACAGGUGAUGUGCCAUAUUUGACACCAGAAAAGGCGUUUGAAGGAAGUAAAAUGGGAGUGGACAACAUUGUGUUGGCGUUGUACAGCGGCCUCUUUGCUUUCGGUGGCUGGAACUACCUGAACUAUGUCACUGAAGAGAUGAUCAAUCCAGAGAGAAAUCUGCCCUUAGCUAUUAUCAUAUCAAUGCCUAUUGUCACAGUGGUAUACGUUCUGACCAACCUAGCUUACUUCACCACCAUCUCUCCUCAAGUCAUGGUUGAGUCUGAGGCGGUUGCUGUGAGCUUUGGAGAGUACCACCUUGGUGUGAUGGCCUGGUUGAUUCCUGUCUUUGUGGGACUCUCCUGCUUCGGAGCCGUCAAUGGAUCUCUGUUUACAUCAGCACGGCUGUUCUACGCUGGAGCCAGAGAAGGUCAACUCCCUGCUGCUCUGGGACUGGUUCAUACAGACUUGUUUACACCUGUUCCAUCACUAAUCUUUACAUGCCUCCUGUCCAUGAUGUACGCCAUCUCCCAGGACAUCUUCUCAGUCAUUAAUCUCUUCAGCUUCUUCACCUGGCUGUGCGUCGGGAUGGCAAUCGCCGGUCUGGUGUGGCUGCGCAUCACCAAGCCCGAUCUGAGAAGGCCUAUUAAGGUGUAUCUUUUCAUCCCGGUGACGUUUGUUUUGGGCUGCGUUUUCAUGAUCGUCGUGUCUUUCUGGGCAGCUCCGUUUGAGAGCCUGCUGGGCAGCAGCAUCAUUCUCACAGGCAUUCCUGCGUAUCUGAUUGGCUACAAGUGGAAGAAACCCCAUAUGAUCAAGAAGAUGCUGGAAAUCUUCACAAUGUUCUGUCAGAAGAUCUUCAUGUCAGUUCCCGAAGAGAAGGAGAAACACGAGCAGGCUGAGUGACGCCUGGCAAGCUGAGCAACAGUCUUCAAAUGUUUACAUUCAUUUUGAGCACAUUCUUUUUCAAAUUUAUUGUACAAGCUAAAGCUAAAGUGAAAACAAAAACUACACAUUUACAAAGAGGCCUUGUGGAGUGCCCUUGUGUACAAAAUAUAAAAGCAUAUUUUGCGACUCCUUCAGGCAGUUCAAAAUGUCUACUGGUCACGUUUUAAGCAGGAUUUCAGAUUUGUUCCUGCAGCUUUUACUCUGAAAGGUUUUGACAGUCUUGUGACGUUUAAUCCUGGGAUGUGCUUUCUUCUAGAAAUGUGAAUAGCUGCAGAGGAUAUAUGAUUAUAUAUCCUCUGCUAAACAUAUAUUAACAUUUAUGUUUAGCAACUUUUGAUUGAAACAGCAUUUUUUUCCAUGUUUACUGUCCACCGACGAGCAAAGAAAAGAAAAACAGAAGACGGGUUUGAUUGUUAUAACUUUGUCUGUCAUUAAUGAUAAAACUUUACCUAGUAUUGAGUAGUUUACACUUCUUCAGAAAGUGGAGACGUGUGAGGUAAAACUGAGAGUUCAGCAGUGGAUUCGGUUGUAUUUCUGUAUCUAACAUGCUGCUAGCCUACAGUGGCUCUCAAAGGUCUACUAGGGCUGCACAAUAAGAAGAAAACAGAGCUUUUCAAUAUUAUAGAUGGAUAUUGCAUUGAUAAUAUCGAAUGCAAUUGCUAGAUUACCCCUGUUUUAUUUCUUUUCCAAUAUCGCCAUGUUUCCCACUCUCUGAGCUUCAACAGAAGGCGUGUGGGUAAAAGACAGCAACAGUCUAUCAAAAUGUCCAGAUAGGUUAUUGGUGAGCAGUGAUUUGAUCCUACUCACUCACACUGCCCAUCAUUGCAUCAAAUGAUGCAAAUGACAUUUCAAAUGACAUUUUGAAAUUGCAAAAUUGCACAUAUUGAUACUUUGAUAUCAACCGGGACUCAACAUAUUGUGCAGCUUUACAACACAACCAUAUGAAAUGUCCACGAUUUUGGGCAAUGAGAUCCUAAUGCAGCAAAUGCUAAAUUUUAGCGCCUUUAAUGUGAUAUUUAUCCUGUACAAUUCAACUGGAAAACAAACAAAUCUAGGAAAUGUGUUUGUUUUAAUGAGAAAUGCAUAAGCAUAAAUAAGUGAGCUGAUUCUUUGCCGCCGGUUUAGAAGUUUAAGCUGAAGCUAAAGGAUGAAAUGAGCAAAUGGAAACAUGUCAGUAAAAGCAAACAAAGUGAAAGUUGAGUCUAAAGAUUCUUCAACAAAGUCUUAGUUUGGGGUUGUCAACACUUGGGCAAUCAGUUUAUGGUUGCCCAGGUGUAUAAUAUUUUACAUUAAAUACAAAAACAAAAUAAAAAUUCAAAAGGAUUUAUUAAAGCAUCAGGUUUUUGGGCCAAAAACCUGGAUUUUUAGCAGGGCCGUUUUCAGAGCCACUGUAUGACGUCACUAUUUAAGGAGGACUACUAGCAGUACAGCAUAUCACCCAUUUUAACAUUUAUGUUUAGCAACUUUCGAUUGAAACAGCAUUUUGCAAUCAUUCCUAUAAUGACUCAGUAACAUAUUUUAAAUCACAGUUUCUAGACACACAAAAAACAAGAUUUGCAAUUUAUUGUGUAAAUAAAUUAGGCGUGCUUCUAUCAGGGUAGUCUGUUUUCUAAUGAUUUUACAUGAUUUCUAUGCCUCCAAUGUAAUCAUGAAAAGAUUAUAGAAACCAGCUUCUGUUGUUGUGAAGCACCAGUAGCAGAAAGAAUGGACCAGAUAUCUCUGUAGUGGUUGUAUUAGUGUUCCCAUUGGACGCUUUUGUCGUUUGUGCCAGCCUUGUCAAUGCUGAUAUUUCUUUUUUUUUUUGACACUCUCAGACCAAACUGAAUGUUUAAUGAAGGCAGAGACACAGCCCCCACAAAAACCCAAAGAAAACAUUUACCGAAGCAGGAAAAACUGAGGCCUGUGGCCUGUGGCUCAUAGAGAAUCUAGAGUUUUCCCGCAUAGAAAAAGUUUUAAAAGCUUACUCUGAAUUCUGAUAAUUCAUUCAAUACAUGAUGGCUGAAGGAACGAAAUAGGAAACUUUGUGCCAUUUUACCAGCAUUUUUAUUCCAGUAAGUCUUAGAAUUUCUCAAAAUAACAAGAGGAUUUUCUUUAUUCUCUACUCAUCCUUUUUCUUGUAAUAGUAAUCCAAAGUGUUAAUUUUUUAAAUUAAAUCAACAAAGACACUUAAUAUAAUUAUUAUAGUGCAUAAUAUGGUGCAUAGAAAUAUUUCACACUCAUUAUAUUGUCACAUCUAUAACAGCUAUGAGCACACCAAUAAAUAGCACAAAGGUUAAAUAUGGAUUAUCUCUUUAUUGACUGACCUCAAAUGAGGACGGAUGCUUUCUGUAAACCUCAAAAUAUAUUUUUUGUUGUGCACAAAAUACUGUAUGUGUAAGACAUUAUUAUAUUACGUAAUUACAUUUGCCAGGUAAAAUCUAGAAAACGUGUAUUUUUAAUCUUAAAAGUGAGAGUACCUAUUAUGUCUGUUGUAUCUCAGUGACCCUGGCAGCAGGUACAUGUAACAAUAAAAGUAUUUUCUUCAAUGUU